AUGGAUUCUUCUAACACAUCUGGCAUUAUAAUGGAAUCCACUUCGCCAAAGAUGUCGAGAACCAACCAGAUUAAAAACUCUCCAAAUGGGCGGAGCUCACCCCAGCCGCUGAAAUUCAGAUCUUUUGACGCCUUCUAUCAAUAUUACAGCAAAAAAAAUACAUAUGAAGUAUCUCAGCAUAGGACACCUUUAACACAAAACCAAAAUUCCAAAACCAAAUCCUCAAAUUCUAACAAUAAACCAACAGAUAACAACAAUAAACUUGAUAAUAAAUGUGGAGUUUCCCCUGAACCUUCAAAGCCGAAAUUUACCUACACAACCGAGGACUAUAAUAUUAAAGGCAGAGUGAAAAGGCUUUGCGAAAUAUUCCAAAAGGCACGAGACGACAAUCAUUACCGUGCCAAGCUUGAAAAGGUUAUUUCAAAUAAUAAGCUUAAUACAAAAAAUAAUGCUUCAAACACUUCCAAACAUGAAACACAACCACAAAAUGAGCCUGAAAAUUGCCAGUACCAAUCACAAAUCUAUAUAAAGAGGGAUCAGAAUACCAGAACUAACACUGAUUUACUACCUCUUAAGUUUUAUCAUGGCUCUGAUUCAUCAUGCUUAGACCGCGAGGAAGUUAUCUUCAACACUCCCUUGAUGUUCCAAAGCCCUUCAGGCGAACUUGUCGAUGAAUACGAUUACAGACCCGGAUAUCCCUCACCGAAGGCCGCUUCUCCUCUAAAAUCCUCCCGCUAUGUUUCUGAGAAACGGGCUCCAACAAUUGACGAAAUCACCUCCAUUCUUUCUGCUCAAAAGAUUAGUCAAACUAAUCCCCAAAAUGAGUUCCCGGGCUAUAACCGCCUCGACAAAAACGCCAUCAUAGAUGACAUUCUAAACAACUUCAUGAACGACCCUGAGUUUUGCGACACUUUCUUCUCAAAACUCGAGACACUAAACCUCUACAAUAAUGCUAACACUUUGGAGUUUUCUAAACUAAUUGACGAGCUCCAGUUCCUAGUCGAAAAUGACAACAACAUUGAUAAUCUCACCAAGCUCGACUCUGUCGACCAUAAGGACUUUGAAUGGUUCUUCAACCAGCCUAAAGUCUUUGACUUUAAUGCUCAGGAUCAGACCAAUGCAGUUGACCUCAAACCUCAUCUCUUUGAGAAUGAAACUAACAUUACAUCUUCUACCUCCACUGAGUUUAAUCUUCUUCUUGAGCAGUCUUCUUCAGAUUCUUUGGAAUCCAUCUCUAACACUUGUCAACCUUAUGACAGUAUUGACUCUAAUAAUGGAGAACAAAUCCCAGUUGAAGACCCUAAAGCAGUUGAGGAUUCUAAUUCAGUUGAUGAACUUGGAACUGUUGAACUUAAUGUAGUUGAAGGGCCUAAAACUGUUGAAGAUUCUAACACUGAACAACCUAAUGCAGUUGAAGAAGCUAAAACCGAAAAACUUAAUGCAGCUAAUGACCCUAAUGAGGUGAUGGAUCCUAAUGCAGUUGUUGACUCUAGCACUGAAGAUCCUGAUACUCAAGAACCUAAUGCAGUUGAUUCUAGCACUGAAGAGUGUAAAAAUACUGAAAAUAACCAAGUGGAAGAAUCAGAGUCUGUUCCAGAGGUUGGAAGCGAGUUUAGGGAGGAAAAUCAACCUGACUUCUCCGACUUCGACAAGUUCAACCUUGACACUGCAUUCAACACUCACCUCAGCAAACACUUUGACUGGAUCAACACUAACAAUUAG